AUGGCGUCCCUUAUCCCCUUCCUCCUCCUCUCCUCGGCCGUGUCAGCGAUUCCCACCCCCGUGCAGAAUCAAACCACCACAUCACCAUCUCCCUGGGACUCAGACGCGGUAAGUCAAUACCCCAUCCACUCAAGCUGUAACGCGACCCAGCGUCUGCAGAUCGAAACUGGCCUCAAUGAGUCCAUCGCUCUAGCCGCGCACGCAAAAGAGCAUAUUCUCCGCUGGGGUAACAAAAGCUCGAUUUACCGGAAGUACUUCGGGAACAGGCCUCUGUUUGAACCAAUUGGCAUUUAUGAACUCCUGAACAGCGGUGAUAAGGGCAGUGUGCUUUUCCGGUGCGAUAAUCCGGAUGGGAAGUGUGAAAUCGACGGUUAUGCCGGCCACUGGCGCGACACGGCCGCCCCUAACGAAACCGUCAUCUGCGAUUUGAGCUACAUAGAGCGCCGCUCUCUGACUACCAUGUGUUCCCUCGGGUACACAGUCUCCAACUCCGAGACGAACACCUUCUGGGCUGCAGAUCUGCUGCACAGACUUUUCCAUAUGCCUCCGAUUGGCCAGAAUUGGGUUGAUCAUUUCGCAGAUGGUUAUGAUGAAGUUAUUGAAUUGGCUGCUAGCAACAAGAGCGUUUCGACGAGGGACUCGGAGACUUUGCAGUAUUUUGCGCUGGAGGCUUAUGCGUUUGAUAUUGUUGUUCCGGGCGUUGGAUGUCCUGGAGAGCAUGAUCAUGAGCAUGAUCAUGAGCAUACUGAGGAUAUUAUUAUUAUUAUUUAA